CAUAAAAAGAAAAGAAAUCAGUUUAACACUAACAGCAAAUAAUAGCAUCAAUCUUGCUUCGAUCAAUUUCAAAAUUUUAUUAAUAAUCUGUUAUUAAAUAAUGAAGACGUCAGUGAUCAAUAAUUGAAGUGAAAGUUAUGAAUACAAUUAUAUACUACUAAAACAAGUUAAUCUUCCAGCACUACAAAUACAAGAUAAGUAACUAAGAUGGAUUCUGAUUGUGAGAUGAACCGACAAUUCGCUAAGCGAUUACGCAGACAACAGAUGUGUUCACCAAAGUCUAUUGUACUGCGGGAGACUGUCAACACCACACCGGUACAGACACGCGUAGACGAGGAGAUGAGCUGUGAUAUCGAGCAACUUAAGCCCACCCAGGAGUCUCUGGAGUUGUCCGCAAGGAAGUCACAUGUACAACGCUGGCUGUUCCCACCCAAUGAGGACACACCACCCCCCAGCCAGGAGGAGAAGCAGCUUAUAGACGUCGAUGUGGAGAACCAGACAGAUGACCACUUCAUCUCUCCCUGUGUUACACCUCAGAAACUACCCAUCCUGGAGGAGAGGCUACGCACACCCGUAGUUGCACCACCACCAUUAUUCAAGAUGAAUGGAGGGAACUCUGUGAAUCUAUCAGCGGACAGGUAUAUUCCUGCCCGGUCUCCUAGCAACUGGCACACUCGUUUCUCCAUGAUACCGGAUGGGCGGAAUCUGGGCUCUUCGUCCAAGAAGUCACGGGAGGCAACAGGAGGUGAAGGUGGCAGAGAUAGCCUGGCCUACAGUUGCUUACUGCGCAAUGAGCUGCUGGGAGCCAAUAUCGGGGCAGUCAAGGGUCCCUGUGAUGAGCGCCGGGCCGUUCACUCUCCAGAGCGGAAAAACUUCUUCCAUUAUUCUUCACCAAUAGAGAAUGAACAGAACAUAGAGUCUAUUGCCCCCUACUCCCUCUCACCUGUCGGACCUAAGAGUCAGAAGCUGCUACGGUCUCCUCGCAAGGCAACAAGAAAAAUAUCCAGGAUACCCUUUAAGGUUUUAGAUGCACCGGAACUACAGGAUGACUUCUACCUGAAUCUUGUGGACUGGUCGUCUCAGAACGUUCUAAGUGUGGGGCUCGGCAGCUGUGUGUACCUGUGGUCUGCCUGCACCAGCCAGGUCACCCGACUCUGCGACCUGACCAGCGACAACAAUAGUGUCACUUCUGUCGCUUGGAGCGAGCGGGGUAACUACUUGGCAGUGGGGACACACAACGGCUACGUGCAGGUGUGGGACGUGUCACUCUCCAAGCAGAUCAAUGUGUUGAACGGUCACUCAGCACGUGUGGGUGCGCUGGCGUGGAACGGCGACAUGCUGAGCUCGGGUAGCCGUGAUCGCAUGAUCCUGCAACGUGACGUGCGUGUACCUGCCCAGUCUAGUGGUGACAGACGAUUGGUGGGGCACCGACAGGAGAUCUGCGGACUGAAGUGGUCCCCGGACAAUCAGUACUUAGCAUCCGGUGGCAAUGACAAUCGGCUGUACGUGUGGAACAUGCACUCUCUCUCUCCUAUGCAGACAUACACUGAACAUCUUGCUGCAGUCAAAGCUAUAGCCUGGUCUCCACACCACCAUGGCCUGCUGGCUAGUGGAGGAGGCACUGCAGACAGAUGUAUUCGCUUCUGGAAUACUCUCACAGGUCAACCCAUGCAGUGUAUCGAUACGGGGUCUCAAGUCUGUAACCUUGCUUGGUCUAAGCACUCCUCGGAGCUGGUGAGCACCCAUGGCUACUCUCAGAACCAGAUCCUCGUGUGGAAGUACCCUGCGCUGACGCAGGUAGCCAAGUUGACAGGACACUCUUACCGAGUGCUGUAUCUGGCCGUCAGUCCAGACGGUGAAGCCAUCGUAACAGGUGCAGGCGACGAAACACUUCGCUUCUGGAACGUCUUCUCCAAAGUCAGAUCUCAAAAGGAAAGCAAGUCCAUGCUCAACUUAUUUACCAACAUCCGAUAACUUCCCCAAGACUACUCCACCAGAUAGUCAUGCAGCCUAGCUGCCGGAUAUUAAUGCUUGAAGCCAAGGAAUCAAGGAUUUCUUUUUUGGAAUGUGAUAAAAACAUUACUUUAUGUGACCAAUUUGAAUAUUGUAAUGACAUAUGAAGAAGAGAAAUUGAAUAAUCAAUUUAAAAUUACCACAUGACCUGAAUCAUUAUUGAAUGUAAAUACUGUACAUAUUAUUAUGUAGCAUAGUUUUAUCAAUACACUGUGAUGAAACCGAAACUUGAUUUAUUGUGUACAAAUGUAUUUGUGAAAAUUGCAUAGAAAUUUAUUCCAAACUGCAUAGUAGUAGGAGCUUUGAUCAUCUUUUGUCAACAGUUACAAAAAUCACUAAAGCUUACAUGGUGGUUGUGUUACGGAGUAUGAGGCAUGGCAGUAGUAGGGAACGGUUACCAUGUUUCAUAUUCUAUAAAGUAAUAAAAAUUAUAGAUUUCUUUAUUUGCAAAAUCAGUAAAAUUUAUAAUAUUCCACAAAUAUGAUUAGUUAUAAGUCCAGUCUUUAUGUCAAUACGUUUUAUUUCUGUGCUGAAUAAUAUUACUUUCACAAAUACAUUUUAUUAAUAAAAGUGUGUUCUUUAAAACUGAAAGAAUGCAGCUUCUGCUUGGACGUUUAAUAGUGAUGAAAUAUUUUGAACUGAUCAAGCCAAAUAAUGCAACAUUCUUGUUUUUGUUACAUUCCAAAAAAUUGUUAAAAUACAGGGAAAUCCUAAUGUCUGUAAUUUCUUUGAUCAACUGCGAAUACACGGAUUACCAUAUGCUUGUGUACAAUCUAGGCUAAAAUAAAGAAGACAAUUAUUUUAAAUCACUGAGUGUCUUGUUUAUUAUCAGAUUAUGAAGACUGUUAAUUUUAUUAAGUAAAGAUUCUCUAUUAUUUCAUUGUUAAAUCAUUUCAUUGGAUGUAUAAUGUAAGAACAUGUCUGUAUUGUUCGUUCUUGAUGUAAAAGUUCAUCAAUUGCAUUAAGCAAAACGCUCCCAACAUAUAAAAUAUCCAGAAAAAGCAACAGUAUCAUCAUUACUGAAAAAUCAAUAUUGUGGCACAAAAACGUAUUUUGAGCUAAAUAGGGAUUUAUAGAUAUCAUAUUUAUUAAUUUUAAGUUUCCUUCGCUGUGUAUGUUCUUGCUUACGUUAUUUGAUUUAUUUUAUUUACACUAUUAAGACAUCUUUGUAGAUAGUUAGAUUUAUUGGGUUCCUAUUGGACUCUAACAAUUUUACAACUUAAACUAUAUUUGUUGACUUUUCUUUAAUUUUUUAUAUUUGUUGGUUUGUGUUCAUAAAGUAAUGAGUGGGUGUGUUUAUUUUACGAUUAAAUUUAUUGUAUUUUUAAAGCUUUCCAGUGUUUUCACACUAUACUUGAGAACUGGAGUUGUUUUAUGUCAGGAAUUAAUUUUUAAAUAAUACUUAAUUAGUUUCUUAUUGCCCGUAUAGAAUGUCAAAUUUGUAACAAUUUAUUUUGGCAGCAUAUUUUAUUUCUUUUUAAAUUAUAUUAUACAACACUUAUAUAUUUUUCAGUAUUAAUAAUUGUUAAUAUUUUGAUAGAAAACUACAUUUGAUAAACUGUACUGUAAAACGUUACAUUCUUAGGAAAAAUAUGAUUUAACCCUUAAAUUCCUUACAUCCGGUUUCUGCCACUCACUGUAUUUUUAUUAAAUUUGUGUCUGUUACUGGGUGAAGGAGUGUAAGGGUUGUGAAAAUUAUUAUUCCUAGUAGUUAUAAUUCUUUUGAAGUUACGUUUUGAAGGCAAAAGAAACUUAGAAACUGUAUUGAAGCCGUUAAAAUCUGAACAGACUAGUACGUCAC